GGUGAAAGCACAGUGAUCCUCGGCUCGGCCAGCAACUUAUGCGCCCUUUAUCUGAAGCAGCCGCUUCCGGUUCCGGUAGCAGCUAGUCACGCUUGAUCCCAGGCGCAGAUCAUGGCAGGCAGCCGGCUGGAAACCGUAGGGAGCGUCUUCUCGCGGACUCGGAACCUGAUUCGGGCCGGGGUGCUGAAGGAGAAACCUCUGUGGUUGGACGUAUAUAACGCCUUUCCCCCGCUGAGGGAGCCCGUCUUCCAAAGAACCCGAUUGCGAUAUGGCAAAGCCAAAGCUUCCAUCCAGGACAUCUGGUACCACGAGGAUCAGAUUAGAGCGAAGUUUUAUUCAGUGUAUGGGUCUGGUCAAAGAGCUUUUGAUCUGUUCAAUCUAAACUUCAAGUCUACCUGUCAACGGUUUGUGGAGAAGUACACUGAGCUGCAGAAACUUGGAGAAACAGAUGAAGAGAAGUUAUUUGUGGAAACAGGGAAGGCUUUAUUGGCAGAAGGUGUCAUUUUAAGACGAGUUGGCGAAGAAAGGACUCAACAUGAAGGUAGUCACGAUUCCUGGAAAUUCGAACACUUGAGUGUCAGACCACAGACUGCGGUGGAAGAGAACGAGACUCAGAAAGAAGUUCCACAGGACCAGCAUUUGGAGGCACCUGCAGACCAGUCGAAAGGUCUCUCGCCUCCCUGAAGGACCUGUAUACCGUGUAUGCUGGCAUUCACGCUACUCACUGGCUGAAUGUUGAGCUAUUUUUAAACAGUUGAACUGUGUAAAUGUUUCCUGAUCUCUAAGGUAUUAUGUUUGCCUUCUCUUAGUUAUUUCUGGGUUGUCAUAAAGCUCGGUAUCAUGGUUUGACAGAAGCAGUUAUGCGAACUUUUAUGUUAGGACAUUACUAAAUAAAGAAUUCCCUAGCUGCUUAUAAAGUAAAUUUACUUUGAAUUGUAAAUAACAUGAAGAAACCUUUAUAAAGAUUGUUCAAAUGGGACUCAGUCUGACUAGGCUUGCUUUGAUGUUUGUUAGUAUGUGGGCUGGCUACAUUUGAUUCCCUGGUACAUAUUUCUUCUGAUCCAUCAAACUUCUAUAUGUACACAUGGUGUGAUCCCUUGGCUAACUGGUUUUGUCUGCAGAGAAUCUUUGUACUUCUUGCUAUAGAACGAUUAUCUCUCCACUUGAGAGGCCAAGCUGACUUGCGCUUUGUGGUAAGAGUGAGGACCUGUCAUUGCUAAUGCACAAAGGCCAAAACUGUAACUUUAAUGUCAUGGAUUGAGUGUGCUGGAGACAGUUAACAUAGGUCUGCACAGACUAGGCUGUUCAAUAAAUACUUGCUGAAUGAAUAA